GCAAUGGCGAGUGAUUCCCGAGUAUACAACACACGGUGCUGACUCUUCUGCGAGCUCACCGAGCGGCUGCGAUACUCCCUUGGCUCAAUGCAUCUGCCCCUCUCUAGAUCUCGAUCACACCGGCAGAAAUGAUGCGAUGCAAUUAGUGAUCCGGCCCAGCGGAUUUCUAAGCUCGGCGUUUGCACCUCCCCGAUACAAAUGACGACAUGAGGAGAUGCGGAGAAACGAGGGAUGGUAUUUCUUAAGCUCACUCGCACACCUCACUACGUUUCUCUGCUCGUAUUUCUUGCAGUCUACAAUCACCUCGUCUCAAAAUGGCCGCUGCUAGACCUCUCGCCAUCAUCGCCGGAGUCGGCCCUGGCACGGGCGCCUCCAUCGCCCGCCGCUUCGCAAAAGCAUACUCAGUGGUCGUCCUAGCCCGCAACCCCUCGAACUACGACGGCGUCGUCCACGAAAUCAACUCCUCAGGCGGCCAAGCCACAGGCUUCAGCGCCGACCUCUCGGACCCGCAAGGCGUCAAGUCCACCUUCGAGCAGAUCACCAAGCAGUACUCGGGCGCGCCGCUGGCCGCAGCCGUAUUCAACGUCGGAGGCGGAUUCGUCCGCAAGCCGUUCCUCGAGCUGACGGCCGAGGAAUUCUCGUCGGGCUUUGAAGCCCAAGGCAAGGGCGCGUUCAACUUCGCCAAGGAGGCGCUCCCGCUUCUUCUCCAGGCAAAGGACCUCCAGUACCCGCCUACCCUCAUCUUCACCGGCGCCACGGCCAGCGUCAAGGGCUCGGCGAACUUCUCCACCUUCGCGGCGGGGAAGUUCGCUCUCCGCGCGUUGGCGCAGUCGCUGGCGCGUGAGUUCGGGCCUAAGGGCGUACAUGUCUCACAUGUCAUUGUCGAUGGGGUAAUUGAUAUCCCCCGGACGAAGGCGUGGACGUUCGAGCACGAGGAUGCUAAGCUGGAUCCUGAGGCUAUUGCGGAGUCGUAUUGGCAUCUUCAUACGCAGCCUCGCACGACUUUUGGGUUUGAGCUGGAUCUUAGACCCUAUGUUGAGCGAUGGUAGGUUCUUGUCUGGUCUGGUUGGUUGGGUGAUGCUAGCUGCUUCUUGAGUGUUGAGGUCGGAUCGGAACGACAAUUGAGAUCAGAUGGAGGCUCUGG